AAGAAAGUUCACCUUUUAACUAUUAUCUAAGAGAACUGAAGCACAUUUUCUUAUCUACCAUAUGACGUGUGGGACGAGUAAAUGAUUUGAGAAGUAGCAAUGACUAUAAAUACUAACACACAGUUCGGUUCUAUCUUUUGAACGUGUACCUCAAUGAAAUUUAAACGUUCGUGUAGAAUUAUUCAAUUUAAUUUAAUUCGUCUAAGAUAUUGUUUGGUGGUAUCUUCACACUCAUCAUCAUUAUUACGAAUUAGUUUGAUAUAUUUUUGAAGACAACGAAGUCAUUCCAGCCGUGAAAAGAUUUUUUUUUCAAUAAAGUCGAGUAACAAUGGAAUCUGUUGUAAAAACGAUACUCGGAAGUUUUCGUGUUACUUCUACAUCUAAUUUGUUAAAAAUUCGUAGACAAUAUCCGAGAAGUAUCACAUCACAGCAAAUAUUCGAACGCGAAUCGAAAUAUGGUGCACAUAAUUAUCAUCCUCUUGAGGUAGCUCUUUGUAAAGCCGAGGGAGUAUACAUGUGGGAUGUCGAAGGAAAAAGAUAUUACGAUUUUUUAAGCGCUUAUUCAGCUGUUAAUCAAGGCCAUUGCCAUCCGAGAAUUUACAAAACCAUGGUGGAGCAAGCGAAGAUUUUAACAUUAAGUUCGAGAGCUUUUUACACAGAUGUUUUAGGUGAAUUCGAGGAAUAUGUUACCAAAUUGUUUGGGUAUGACAAAUGGUUGCCUAUGAAUACUGGAGUGGAGGGAGGAGAGACGGCUUGUAAAUUAGCACGAAGAUGGGGAUAUACGAAUAAGGGUAUAGCGCAAUAUCAAGGAAAAAUAGUUUUUGCCGAAGGUAAUUUUUGGGGAAGAACAAUGAGUGCCGUAUCCUCAAGUACUGAUCCAAGUAGUUAUAGUGGAUUCGGUCCAUUCAUGCCGGGCUUUGAAUUGGUACCGUACGAUGAUCUCGUUGCUCUUGAAAAAGUACUUGCCGAUCCAAACGUUUGUGCCUUCAUGGUCGAGCCUAUUCAAGGUGAAGCAGGAGUAGUAGUUCCACAGAACGGUUAUCUAAAAGGUGUUAGAGAACUUUGUACAAAAUACAAUGUUUUAUGGAUAGCCGAUGAGGUUCAAACGGGCCUAGGAAGAACAGGGAAACGAUUGGCCGUCGAUCAUGAAAACGUUAAACCUGAUAUUUUAAUUCUUGGAAAGGCAUUAUCCGGUGGCUUUUAUCCGGUAUCUGGGGUCUUAGCCAAUGAUCCUAUAAUGUUAACUAUAAAGCCUGGCGAGCAUGGCUCGACUUAUGGUGGUAAUCCUUUAGGUUGCAAAAUUGCUCUUGAGGCAUUACGCGUUCUCGAAGAAGAAAAAUUAGCGGAUAAUGCCAAUAACCUUGGUCCCAUUUUAAGAAGCGAGCUUGAAAAACUUCCGAAAGAUAUUGUCACGUUGGUUAGAGGAAAGGGACUUUUAAAUGCGAUCGUUAUUAAUAAAAAGAUCGAUGCGAUGGAUGUAUGUCUGAUGUUGAAGGAUGAAGGUCUUUUGGCAAAACCAACACACGGUCAUAUUAUUAGACUUGCUCCCCCUUUAAUUAUCACAGAAUCUCAGAUAAGAGAGUGUGCGGAUAUUAUUUCACGAACGAUAUUGAAGUUUCUAACUCUAUGAUUUUCUUUAGUAAUAAUCUUCUUUAUGAUAGAUUACAUUCGUGUUAAGAAUAUCUUGAUAUAUAACUAAAUACGUACAUAUGUUAUAUAUUUAUAAUAUAAUUUUAUAAAACGAA